AUGUCUCCUUCCGUCGUCUCCCUCCCCACUCCAACUCCAACUCCAACUUCGGGAUUGAACUCUACACCAACACACCCCGAUAGACUCCACGUCAAUCGCAGCCCCAAGGCAUUCGGCAGCGGUGCAAUCUCCCUCGUCGACCUCCCCGCCGGUUCCCUCUUUGCGAAAAUCACCGGAGACACCCCCGGCACAAAGGCCUAUACCAGCGUGCAAACCGGCCGUGAUAGUCACAUUGAGCUCAACUCCGACCUGGUCUAUUGCAACCACUCCUGCGCCCCAUCGCUAGUCUUCGAUAUGUCGCGCAUGGAGGUCCGUGUCGUCGAUGACAAGCCAUUGAAGAAGGGCGAUGCUCUCACCUUCUUUUAUCCCAGUACCGAGUGGGAGAUGGAUCAACCAUUCCAAUGUAUUUGUGGUGCGGGGGAGUGUCGAGGUUGGAUCUCGGGUGCAAAGACGAUGGAGCCCGAGGUUUUGAGUGAAUAUUGGUUGAAUCCACACAUUGCGGGGCUAUUGAAUGAGAAGAAGUAG